AUGUUCAGAGCAGUUAAUUCAUUGUUUGAAUUUCUGCGUACUGCACUCGAAGAGGUGGGCGUUGCAGCGGUCAGCUGGAUAAUUGAUACAAAUUGGUCUACAAAGCUACCAAUGCUUGUUUCUGUUGAUCUAUGCAAGGAGAUACACAAAGCUACAAUACUUGACGACAGGCCAGUUGGUGGCAGCACCUCGCUAUUUGGGAUGUUUGAGGUUCGUACAAAAGAGGUGCAUGUGAGGAUCUUUGCCAAGAAGAGCAUCGAUGCUUCCAACUGUUUACGCCUCCUCUUCCUCUUGUAUAAGUUCAGUAAGCAUAAGUUAGAAAAACCAGAUGCCCACCUUUAUGCCAUCUUGAACUCCUGCUCGCGGUCUCUCAUGAAGAAGGGCCAACCGGGGACGCUCCAAGUGGACGCCUGCAUAAGCAUUAGAAGUUCUGUGCUUGAAAGCAAGAUCGUUAUUCCAACAGGACCAGAGUUUGAGGGCGAGGUUGAUGAUUUGAUAGAGUUGUCUAGCCAAUGCACAGAGGAGCUUUUGCAAUCUGCCUUCGAUGAAGAUCGCCAGUUAGCUCUCAUAAUUGAUCAUGCAGACCUAGAGAAAUACAAGUUCCCCUUGUUGGUAGGGCUCUCUGGGGUAUGCUAUCACGGAAGAAAUGCGUGUGUACUUUACUUCUCGUCAACCAUCUCGAGAGAUGCACUAAGGGAUGCAUUUGAAAGAGAUAUCUAUCCAGUACGAACAUUUGCUCUUCCAAUUCCUGGUCAAGAGGAUCAAGAGGUUGCUCGCAGAAUAAAGUCUGAGGCUUCCAUAUGCUCUAUGACAGUACACCCUGCAAUCGACGGUGACCUAGACUCCUCAAUGAGAUUUAUAGUUCCAUACAUGGGAUGA